GUUUAGGAAUGACAUCACAUCACUAGUACAUUAGAAAAACAUGGCGUUCUUGACGCGUACUUUAUGCUUUUGAGUAUAAUUUCGAGUAAAAAAUUAAAAAUUGAGUUUGUUAUACUCUACUUGAGUGUUAUUCCGCUGUAACUUGUUAAUCGCGUGUAAAUAAAGGCAUAUAUUAUCUUCUCAGUGGCUACUGCGCAGGCGUGUACGAUGUCGUGGCGAGGCCGUGACGAGAGGAACACGAGGUGGGGCGACGACGACAGGUGGGCGGAGGGCAGGCCGCGCUCGCCCGUGUGGGAGUCGCGGCGGAGCGCGAGCCCCGAGCGUCGGGAGCCGCGCGCCGAGCGCCACCACCACGAUCGCUUCGACCGCGACCGCGACCGCUACGACCGCGAUAGGGACGAGGACCGCGAGCGCCGCGACCGCUACCGUCGCGAGCGGUACGACAGACCCCGCGACCGCGACCGCCGCCGGUCGCCCAAGCGUUACGAUGACCGUGAACGUGACGUACCGGCACCGCCAUCCCCGCCCAACAUUAGCGAGCUAGAUCGCAAAGCCAGUUCUAGGUCUAGCAGCCGCUCCAACAGUCGCGACCGUAUGGACUUGGAGUACGACAACAAGUACGACAGCAGAGACAAACAUGACGACAACCAGGCCAUCAAUGCAUCCCCUGGGGACUGGUUCUGUAAGUGUGGGCUGUACAACUUCAAGCGGCGCCAGGUGUGCUACCGGCGGAACUGUCAAGGAAAGAGGUCGGAUGGCAUUGUGUAUGGAGGUGACAAUGACAGGAAUCUACUAUCAGAGAGUGCUGGCAUCACUAAACGAUUGUUGUUCAGAAGGUUGGAUGCAUUGACAACAGAGGAGAAAAUAUUAGAAGUUAUAAAAGAAAGAUGCUCAAAGACUGUUUUAGAUUCCAUCGCAGGCAUCACUAUUGGCAGAGAGACUUUAACUGGCGCAUCCAAGUGUUUGGCUUAUAUUAAUUUCAAUUCCAUUGCUGACUCUACAGCAGCUCACUCUGAGCUAGCUUCCCUGCAGCCUCCACUGGAGAUUGAUGGGAGAGAGGUUCUUGUCAGUUUCUAUAAUGAACCUAAGAAAAUUUCUAAACCUCCUAGUGCAGACUAUUCUUCCUACUAUGCUCAAAUGUCUAAUUAUAAUUCAUCAGCUCAGGCAAUGUCUGAGGCAGACAGAGUGAAUGCAGCUGCUGCAGUAGCUCAGUCUGCCAUAUCUGCAGCCCAGGCUCGCCACCUAGCGUGGACUCCUGUUAGUGUCCCAGUAUUUGUGACUUCUACUGCACAAACUGCCCCUACAGUGAAAGCUCCAACUGGUGAUGGCAAAACUGUGUAUAGUCCCCCUGAUGUUAGAACUUUUAUGUAUGAUGAGACUUCCGGGUACUACUAUGACCCAGCCACAGGUUUGUACUAUGAUGGUACUAGUCAAUACUUCUACAACAGCCAAACAAGCCAGUACAUGUAUUGGGAUGCUGCCAGCAAUACUUACAUAGCUGCUACACAAGCACAGCAGAACACUGAGCAGCCCAAACUGCCAAACCCACCCACAGCCACCACAGAGAACACCAUUGCGAAAGAGCCAGAGGAAAAGAAGAAGAAAGACAAAGAAGAUAAAGUCAAAGUUGCCAAAAAGAUAGCUAAAGACAUGGAGAGGUGGGCGAGAACUUUGAACCAAAAGAAAGAGAAUGCUAGGAGUAAUAUUGUUAUGGAACAGCCCCUAGAUGUAGGAGCCAGUAAAGGAUCAGCUGACAUAGGCUUUUCUGUGUUAGGCUCUGGUCCAUCUCUGACACAUGUCAGGGAGAUAUCUCCACCACCCACAGGAGACGAUUUUCUAAUGAAAAAAGUGUCUGACACUGAGAACACAUUUGAUAGUGAUGAAGGCAUUAUAGAUUGGAGCAAACUCACCUGUCUCAUUUGUAAGCGACGGUUCCCGUCUGCUGAUGUACUGAACAAACACAAAUCACUGUCAGACCUCCACAAACAGAACCUGGCCGAGUUCCGCAAGAAGAACGACCUGAUCCCGCAAAUGAACGGGUACAGAGACAGGGCCGCAGAGAGACGAAUGAAAUUUGGUGAAGACGAAACGCCCAUUAUACGCAAGCGGUACGACCCGCCGGACUCUAUGCCUCCACCGAUGGCGCCGCAUCCUCCACCAUCGGUCGUUGACACUAUCGGAGGUAAGAUGCUACAAAAGAUGGGCUGGUCAGAAGGCAGAGGGCUUGGUAAAGAAGAGCAAGGAAGAAUUGCUCCCAUUGAAGCUGAACAGCGCCCGAGUCUAGCAGGGCUGGGCCAGAAGCGGGGUAUCUAUACUCCCACCCCCGGGGAGACAUACAGAGACACAGUCAAAAAGCUAAUGAUAGCAAGAUAUAAGGAGGUUGUCGGACAAGAGGAAGGGAAAUAGAUGUUGGCGCUCAAAGCUCCUUCUGAGGGUCGUCACUCAGAAAUCACGACGUUCCAAAUGGUAAGUAUUGAAUCUGCCAGUCACACUACAUGUACCUAAUGUUGUUUGCUCCACAGCUGUGCUCAGGUAUUGUAUAUAAUGACGGAUGCAGACAGUGUCCAUUACACACAUGUUGCUCCACUCAUCAAGAUACAGGAGGUUCACUAAAUUCUUUUCUGUUACUUGUUUAGCAAAUGUGUUUCUUUAUUAUGGUGAUUGGCAUUUUUAGCAUUGUUCAACCUGACGUUAUUAUGAACUUAUUAGUUGUUAGGAUCAGGACUAUAAGAUUUUUAUUUUAGCACAGUAGGUAUUCUCAAUCAGUUUUUAUUAUUAGUUUAAAUAAAUCAGAGAUAUCGAUUUGUAUUUGGCUACAAUAAAAUUUAAUAUGAAACUGUGACCUUCUCAAUUACCUAGUGCUCAAGGAUAAUGUUAUUGAAGAAUGCUACCCAUAAAAGUAAAUUAUUCCGUCGUAUAAUUUCCUUUGUCUUUGAAUGAAUGCUACUUGUGGACUAGUUCCGAGUAACAAAUUGCUAAAAACGUUAACGCCAUGCGUCAUAGGUCUGUACAAGUCAAGCGAUGAAGAAACAGGACAUUGGACAGAUUGUGAUAGACUGUGACUGUAGUGUUGUGUAUGAAGAAACGGUGUGUAGACCGAGCCACGGCCGUUUACUGAUGAAUAUGACCAUUUACCUUACAGAGACUACAUGCCAGAUCCCGCAGCGAGUUGCCAAACAUUGUUACAAACCUGUAUACUCGUAGUUAAGGAUAUAGAUAGAUAGAUAGAACACCAAUUGUGAGAUUCAAACUUAAAGCAAUCCUUAGUGUUUACAUUCUAUGCUCCAACCUAGCUCGUAAAUGUAAAGUCUAUUUUUAUUUAUAUUUUAAAGAAUUAUAUCGAAAUGUUUAGUUAUUUUAUGUCAUAGCUAGUUGAAUUGUUAUGAGAAUAUAUUCAUAUAUUUAAAGACAAUGAAACUCAUUGCAUUUAUUUUUAGUUUGUUAUAUAUUCUAGAUAAUUGGCAGUUGAAUAAGUAAUUGUGGCAGGGUGAUACAUUAGCUUAAAGAGGAAUCCAUCGAGGUAGCAGGGCCUGCAUCCUGCUACCUGACUAGGGUGAAUAUAAAGGUUGUCAUGUUAUUCUAAAGUUAUUGCAAGUUAGUUACUAUAUAGAUUAAACAAAGAUCAACGAUUAGGUAACGCAAUAAUGACUACUAUCAGAAUACUAUGGAAAGAUAUUGAACUAUUAUUACCAUGUAAAUGAGCUAUGUACUUUAAUUAAUUAUAUAGAGACUAUGUCAUCGUUUUCCAAUGUAGAGACUGUUAGUAGCUCAACAAGCUCCAGUUGUUGUACAAACUGCGUUAGUACUUAGUUUAGAUCACAAGUGGCCGCGACGUUACGAUAUGUCGUCUGUGACUAAUAUAUUAGACAUUGCUCCAAAGCAACAAAGCUUACAAUCAGAAACGUUCCAAACCGUAUAAGAAACUGUAGUGGGUACAUUUUUCUUCCAUUAGUAUAAGUAAUUAAUUACCUCAUUUAGUGAACAUAUAACAAAUUGUCGGUUGCUCGGCAUAACGUAACGUUCGCGAUUUCAUGUUAUACUAAAGUGUUAAAAUCUAUUAUCUUUUGUAGAUAAACAAUGUGGAUGUGUGGUGUAGUUUAAAUGAACUAUUACAAAUAAUUUUGCAGGUUUUUUAGAUAGCUUAAGUUUUUAUUGAGCGUCCCUGUAUCUUGUAAAAAUAAAAUGUAUUUUAUUUUACUUUA